UUAAGAUAAAGAGGGCUGGAGAGAUAAGAUGAAUGAACGGAGGAAAGGAAGUGAGGCUCAGAAUGAAGUUGAGGGAGGGGUUGGUUUCAAACUUUUUUAUGAAUCAUUGCCUUCAUGCAUUAUCCCCGCACUGCAUCCUCUUUAUUGCUCUGUGUUCCCGUGGCUGUUUACGUAAUACAGUGAAAGUGCUUUAUAUUCAUUGUGCGUGUGGGUUUUCAAGAGGGAGCAGUUUGAUUGCGCUCUAUUUCUUUGCUGUUGACCAAAAAUAUACUUUUUUUCCCCCUGGAUGCCGAGAUAUUGGUAGUUAUUAGUGACAUGUAGCAGUGGGAGCUCACAGGGGUCAUGGAUAUCAGGAUGCAACGAGAGGAGGCAUCGGCUCAGGAAGUGUUCAGCUAUGCCCAGAUGUCCACCCUGGAGCGAAACAGCGGAGUAGGAACGCUGAGUCGGCAUCUGGAGCGGGAGAGGUUGGAGAGAGACAGCUACACGGUGGAUGUCAGGGCCAGUGACCUGCAGUUGGAUCAGCCUGGGCCAUUACAUCCCUGCUUUAGCUACAGAGUUUGGCUUUACAGCGUCGUUAUAGGGAGCAGCUUGCUGAUAGCAUCAACGUUCUCCCUUUACAUGGGUAAUGUGUUUCCAGGUGCAAUGGACUAUCUGCGUUGUACUGCUGGAUCAAGCAUACCAGCUGCAGUGGUGAGCUUCGCUAUUGCCAGGAACAGACAAGUUGCAGUCUCAGACUUUCAAAUGGUCUACGUGUCGUCAUUUGCUGUGACAACCACGUGUCUGGUGUGGUUCGGAUGUAAACUCGCAAUUAGUCCCUCAGCCAUCAAUAUUAACUUUAACCUGCUCCUGCUUAUUGUGCUGGAAGUGCUCACGGCCAGUACGGUUAUCCUGUCUGCACGCUCAGCCGACGACUGCUGCAGUCAUGCAAAGCCGGUGUCUGAUGGCCCUGUGGUUGUGACCCCAGCUUCGUUCCCCACUCGUCUUCUCAAGGCUUACGCCGUAAUUGAGGUUAUAGUGGGCAUCUCCGCUGUAUUCGGAGGAAUUAUUGCUCUAAAUUUGGGUGCUCUCCUCCCAGAGCCAUAUCUUUCUGUCACUUUCUUCUGGAUUCUGGUGGCUUGUUUCCCCAGUGCCAUUGCCAGCCAUGUGGUGGCAGAAUAUCCCAGCAAGAGUCUGGUGGAAAUGCUGAUUGCUAUAAGUAGUGUGACCUCACCACUGCUCUUCUCAGCUUCUGGAUUUUUGUCCAACAGCGUAAUUAAUUUUAUUGAGAUCUUUCUGCAUGAAGUGCCAUUAGAAAAGCAGUCCUACGACAUACUGCUGCUUGUCCUGAUGGGGCUUCUGCUGGUGCAGGCGGUACUAACAUUAGCCACCGCAAUAAAGUGUGCUUCCUACAAGAGCCAGCUGCGCACUGAAUGGGACACACUUCACAAAAACACUCUGAGCAACAAACGUUAAACGGCACGCUAAGGGACUUUGAUAGAGAGAAGGCUUGGAAAGCAGUGGUGGUCCAAAUGGCACAGUGACCAAAGAUACAGCCAUCAGAAGGAAAAAACAGAGAGAAAGUUACAAAUAUGGAGUAUGAUAACAUCAGUUGGAAAAGAAUCACCAUGAACCCUUUUGUCAUAGUUGUCAGCUGACCUGUCAUAUUAAUGAACAGUUCACUACCGUUCAAAAUUUUGGGGUUAAGAUAUAUAAAUAUGGCAAACAUGCACUAAAUUGAUCAAAAGUGAAACAUCGCGUUGUUACAAAACCGUUACAAAUGAAAGCUUUCUAUGAAAGCUUUACAAAAAAAGCAGUAUUUUUACAAAAAAAAGCAGCAUCAGUAAUGGCAUCUUGAGUCGUAAAUCAGAACAUAAUGAUUAGAACGCUUUCUAAAGGAUCACAUGAUACUAAAGACUUGGCUAAUGAUGCUGAAAAUUAAGCUUCGUCGUUACAGGAAAAAUUAAAUGUUAAAAUAUAGUGAAAUAGAAAACUGUUAUUUUAAACUGUAAUAACAUAAUAUUCAUAUAUUCGUAAUAUUGCACUUUUUACUGUCUUUUAAAUCAAAUAAAUGCAACUUUGCUGAGCAUGAGAGUUCUUUCAAAAAUAUUUUAAGUCAUACUGACCCCAGAUUUUUGAACGUUAAAGUGUAUGCCUGUCAGAGAUAUUACUGAAUGACAAUUUGGUAAAGAAAAGCACAAACAAGCCAAAAUGUGUGGUUGGUUUGGAAAGUCUUUUGUAAAGAUCCUUGUGCCGCAAUCAUGAAUAUAGCCUACCAUACCAGAUGAAAUUAGAAUCAUUUGUGAUGAGCGAAUGGCUGAGCAAAUUGAUAUGCAAA